GAGGCAAGUAUUUUGUCUUAAAUGGAAGUCUGGAAUGCAGGCAGUGUGAGGUCCUCAAGACGGUCUUCAAGUUGCUAUAGGGAGACAGCAUGGGGCUUUUCAAGUUUUUGAUUCAGGAUCCAGAACGUAAAACACAGUUCUCAACGAGCUUUUAUUAAGGAAAGUAAUCCACAGCCUGUGGGAGUUCUAGGUGUGCUCCAAUUUCCCUCCUAGGAAUGAGCCGCUUUUUUUUUUUUAAAAAGGGAACAGGAAAGAGCUUCCACCCUCCACAGGGAAGUUUGCACGGUGCGGUAGCCAGAAGUUCGCGCAAACAGACUUCACCUUUCCGGACCUGAAACCCGUCUCCCAGACUCUCCCGAGGGCCCUGCCGGAGGGCGGAGCUCGGUCCCGGAGGCUUACGGGACGCCAGCGCGGGGCAGCGCUGCCCGGCGACGCGUAAAGUUUCUCCAGGUCUCGCUCCCCGCGUCUGACCGUCCGCUCGGGGACUGUGGGACGGAGGCGCCCCAGAACGCGCUCUGUGCUCAGUUCCAUGCGGGAGCCGAGGGGCUCAGACCGCCUGGCGGACGGGAGGAGCGCUUCUGAGCGGCGGGGCCAGGACGCGGAGGACCGCGGGCGCGGGGCCGCCGCCUCCGGAGGGACCGCAGCGGGUCUGGAGAGGAAGAUGCUCCAGGUGUCGGUGCUGUGUGUGUGCGCAGCCGCCUGGUGCGGCCCGGCUCUGGCGCUGGCUGCGGCCGCCGGGCGGCCGGACGGAGGGAAUUUCCUGGAUGACAGACAAUGGCUCACCACCGUGUCUCAGUACGACCAGGGCGCCGGGCAGUGGAACAAAUUCCGAGACGAUGAUUAUUUCCACACUUGGAGUCCUGGAAAGGCCUUCGAUCGGGUUUUAGAUCCAUCUAAAGACCCAUGCUUAAAGAUGAAAUGUAGUCGCCACAAAGUAUGCAUCGCGCAAGAUUCUCAGACUGCAGUCUGCCUUAGUCAUCGGAGGCUCACACACAGUAUGAAGGAUGCAGGAGUUGGCCAUAAACCAUGGAGGGGUCCCGUAUCAGCCACCUGCAAGCAGUGCCCGGGGCUCUAUACCAGCCCUGUCUGUGGUUCAGAUGGUCAUACCUACUCCUCUCAGUGCAAGCUAGAAUAUCAAGCAUGUGUCUUAGGAAAACAGAUCUCAGCCAAAUGUGAAGGGCGUUGCCCAUGUCCUGCAGAUAAGCCCACAAGUACAAGCAGAAACAUUCAGAGAGCAUGCAGUGGCCUGGAGUUCAGGGAGGUGGCAAACAGAUUGCGGGACUGGUUCAAGGCCCUUCAUGAAGGCGGAAGCCAGAACAAGAAGACAAAGGCACUACUGAGGCCCGAAAGGAGCAGAUUUGACACCAGUAUUUUGCCCAUUUGCAAGGAUUCGCUUGGCUGGAUGUUUAACAGACUCGAUACAAACUAUGACCUGCUGCUGGACCAGUCUGAGCUCGGAAGCAUUUACCUUGAUAAGAACGAACAGUGCACCAAGGCAUUCUUCAAUUCUUGUGACACGUACAAGGACAGUUUGAUCUCUAACAAUGAAUGGUGCUACUGCUUCCAGAGACAGCAAGACCCACCUUGCCAGACGGAGCUCAGCAAUAUUCAGAAGCGACAGGGGAUGAAAAAGUUCCUAGGGCAGUACGUCCCCCUGUGCGAUGAAGAUGGUUACUACAAGCCAACCCAAUGCCACGGCAGUGUGGGGCAGUGCUGGUGUGUCGACAGAUAUGGAAAUGAAGUCGUAGGAUCCAGAACCAGUGGUGGUGCCGACUGUGCUGUUGAUUUUGAGAUCUCUGGAGAUUUUGCGAGUGGAGACUUCCGUGAGUGGGCUGAGGAUGAGGAUGAUGAAGAUGCCAUCAUGAAUGAUGAGGACGAGAUCGAUGACGAUGAUGAAGAUGCAGGGGACGACGACGGUGACGGCGACGACCGUGAUGGCGACAUCUGACCCAUGAGGGCUGAGACCCACCCACCCCACACGAAGCAAAAGGUACCUACUGAGAGGUACCUUCUUGCCCCAAAAAAAAAUGAUUCUAAAACUCACAUAUAUUUUGUAUAAUUAUUUCAGAUACUACAGCUAAAGUCAUAGAGCUUUAUGUUUCAAUAAGAGUCAUUUCUUUGAGUUUUUAUAUGCCUUAGAGAAAAAGAAAAUGCAUAUGCAGUCUAACCAGUGCCAGACAAAAGAGAGUUGUGAAGAGCUACUGAUAGAAACGCCCACGUUUUCAUAGGAACAAACUAUGUAAAUCUCCCACAACCCAGUGACAACCAGGGUUUAGGGUCAUAUGCAUUCUUUUUCUGAGAGAUAUUCUAAAUUAAAUUUUCAAUGACUUGUCAAUGACCUGGGUCCCAAGACUUUUAUAAAAAUAUGCAUGACAUUGCAGUUCCAAAGUAGCAUCUUCCCAAACCUAGGCUGAGUUAGAGGCAAGUGAGGGGUAUCACAGGGUAAGGAAACAAGGUGACGUCUGCAGAGACCUUCAUUGUGUUUACAUUAAUAGUGAUGUUUUCCAUUAUGAAAUCAUUCUGGAUAUGAGAGGCUAUUUUACAAAAUGCCAAGUAUAGAAAACCAUGGAUUCUGAAAGUUAAAAAUGUAGUUGUCCUUUCUAAUUUUUAUUUUAGUUUGAAUAGUGGUCUUGUGUAGAUUGUUUUUUUCUUUAAUAUUCUUAAGCGGCAUGAUUUCUUUACCUUUAUAGGUUUCUUUGUCCUUCUGACCAGCAACUUAGGGCACAGAAUUUAUAGUAGGAAUACAAAGGGAAAGAUUCAUUUAAACGGUAUUUCCACAGAAAGUUUGUCAUUUGCCCCAAUGUCAAAUUUUUAAUCUCUGAAUUCUUAUUUUAUCUAUUUUAGAUUUUAAAAAUUGCAUUUAAUCUUAGAAUUAUGCCCUUUUUUACUACUAGUGUCAAAAGUUAGAGAACACAUUGUAUUUUAGCAUGCAUACCAAUAUAGGAUAUUAGGCAAUGUAUAAGCAUACCCAAUUAACAAGUUAAUACCAGUGAAGGUACUGCUGCUGGAAUGAAGAAAAUGGAGUAUGUUUCUUUCUUAUUUUCUAUUGUUACAUAAUUUCCAUGUGGACUUGUUUCUAAUUAUUGUGCAGAGUAGCAUUUAAGAUUUAACUGUAACAAAAAUUACUUUAAUUGCUGUAUUUAAGUUAGCAUGUUAAUUAAUUGUGUAGACAUUUUGACAUACCAUCACAUUUAAGUAUAUCAGACUUAUGGUUUUGUGCCUAUAAUAAAAACAAAAAAAAAAGUGUUGAAUGUUACACACUGGUAUCAUAAUUUAAACUGUGGGUCAACUGGUCUCCCAAUAUAGAAUUCAUUGAAAGUAAAAUUGGUGUAUUCUUUCCAUUUGGUUUAUACACACCAAAAAAAAAGAAAAACCUUUAAUGUUGACUUUAUGUAAUAUUUAAAGUAUAUUGCAUUUUCUUUUCUACUGUUUAUGUAUAGUUUACAAAAUAAAGAAUCUUAUAACCAAAUAAAA